GUUUGCGCCGCCAUCUACUGCGGAGGUUCUUUCUUCUCCAGUUUCUCCAAGCCCAGACCCGCGCUUGUGACCCGCGAGACAUGACGAUGAAGGCGGUGUGCGUGUUGAAGGGUGACGGCGCAGUGCAGGGCACCAUCCACUUCGAGCAGCAGGGAAAUGGACCAGUUAUGGUAAAGGGACGCAUUACAGGACUGGCUGAAGGUGAUCACGGAUUCCAUGUCCAUCAGUUUGGAGAUAAUACACAAGGCUGUACCAGUGCAGGUCCUCACUUUAAUCCUCAAUCCAAAAAACAUGGUGGGCCAAAGGAUGAAGAGAGGCAUGUUGGAGAUCUGGGCAAUGUGACUGCCGGCAAAAAUGGUGAGGCCAUUGUGUCUAUUGAAGAUUCUAUGAUCUCACUCUCAGGAGAACAUUCCAUCAUUGGCCGCACAAUGGUGGUCCACGAAAAAGCAGAUGACUUGGGCAAAGGUGGAAAUGAAGAAAGUACAAAGACGGGAAAUGCUGGAGGUCGACUGGCUUGUGGCGUAAUUGGGAUCGCCCAGUAAAGAUUACCAAGGAUGUGGUCUGAGUCCUAGUAACUCAUCUGUUAUCCUGCUAGUUGUAGAAAUGUAACUUGAUAAACAUUAAACACUGUAAUCUUAAGAGUGUAAUUGUGUGACUUUUUUUAAAUUGCUUUAAGUACCUGUAAAGAGAACUGAUUUAUGAUCACUUGGAAGAUUUGUAUAGUUUUAUAAAGUUGAUUAUCAAUUAAAAUGUCUGUUUUCAAUUUCUGUAUUUUGCCAGACUUAAUCACAGAUGGGUAUUAAGCUUAAUUGAAUUUCUUCCAUUCUCAUUCAAGCCUGUGAAUAAACACCCUGUGUGGCACUUAUUUUGAGCCUAUUAAAGCAUCCAAAUU